AUGAGAUUGAUAAUAGCGUUCGGGCUACUCGCCCUCGCGGCAGUCGCCACUGCCCGGGACAUUCGAGAGAAAAGGGACGCCGACCAGGCACCUGCAGCAUCCCACAAGGGUCACCACUGGGACAAGGGUGGCGGUCACGAACACCAUGGUCAUCACCACCAUGACCAUGGCGGUCAUGACCAUAAGGGACACAAGGGACAUCACGAACAUCACCAUGGUAAACAUGGACACCAUCACCAUGAAGGGCACAAGGGACACCACGGCGAACAUGGCGGACACAAGAAGCAUCACCACCACGAUGACGGCUAUCAUCACCAUCAUCAUCACGGUGAAAAGGGCGAACACGGCCAUGGUCACGAAGAGCAUGGUCACUGGCACAAAGGUCAUGACACGAAAGGACACCAUGGAGUUGAGAAACAUGACGAAUUCAAAAAGGACAAGCACUUCCACGAUCAUCAUGGUGAAAAGGGACACCAUGAACAUCAUGGCGGUCAUCAUCACGAGGGUGGCUACAAAAAGGGAGGCCACUUCCAUAAAGGCCACAAGCAUGGUGGACACCACGAACAUCAUCAUGGCAAGAAGGGUCACCAUGAGGAAGGAGGUCACCAUCAUGACCACAAAGGACAUCACGGAGAGGGCGGCCACCACGAACACUGGCACCAUCAUCAUGACCACGGCAAGAAGGGAGGUCAUGAAGAUCACAAACACUGGGGCCACAAGAAGGGUCACUAA